AUGGUCAAUUGUACGGCGUGGGCAGACGCCGUGCCUUACUCCGAGGUAGAGGCGGUCCUUGCCGAGUUCAACAAGGGCGAAAUACGCACGAGGGCCCCAUUCGCUUCGCGCAUGCGAAUGUUGCAGGGAAUGAUACAGGCAGGGAAAUUUUGCGAUCUCGAGGCGCACGGCCACGUUGUCGAUCCAAUGCAGGCCUUGGAGCGCGCCGGCCCGCUUCCCCCAAUCUUGCUGUACCAGUCGAAAGGGGACGAAGCCAUUCCUUGGCAGCAUACCGACGCUUGGGCUGCGAAGUUGAAGAGGCUGCAGCCAGAAGUUCCCUUGUUCUUGACAUACUUGGAGGGAGAUCACGUAUUUGACAAAAACGACUCCAUGGCGACUCCAUGGAUGAAAGAACCUUUGGAAUUCGUCCGGAAAUACUGGCCUGUGGAGUCGGUGGAUGCGUAA